AUGAUUACGAAAUUAAAAAUAUUAUGUAAUAAUGCUGAAUAUGUAUCAGUUACAUUAGAUUUAUGGAGUGAUAGACGUUUACGUUCUUAUAUCGGUAUUACUUUACAUACAUUUGUUGAUGGUGAAUUAAGAUCAUAUUUAUUGUCAUUUGCACCAAUAAAAGGUCGUCAUACAGCUGAUGUUUUACUGGCUGAAUUUGAAAAAGUAAUUAACUAUUAUCGUAUUGAAAAGAAAUUAGUACGUUUAAUUACCGAUAAUGCUGCUAAUAAUAUAAAAGCAUUUGAUAAUAUUUUACUUCCAGGAUUUGAAACAUAUUUUGAAAAUGAUGGUCGUAACAAUGAUGAUGAAUCAUUACAAGAUAAUAAUGAUGAUUGUGAAGAAAUAUCUGAUGAUGAUUCUCAUGAUCAUUUUGAAUUAGUAGCGUUAGAUGAUGAUAUUGUUCAAUGUUUAAGUGAAAAUUUAGAGCUGUUACGUUUACCGUGCUUUGCGCACACAUUACAAUUGGUUGUUAAAGAUGGUAUUAAAUAUGCAUCUAAUGCAACUGCUGCCUUAACAAAAGUUGCAAAAAUUGCAAAAUUUAGUCAUGAUAGUAUUUUAUUUGCAGAAAAAUUAGAAAAUUUAUCAACAACAAUACCACGUGCAACAAAAUGUCGUUGGAAUACUCAGUUUUUGACCGUUGCUGCUGUUUUGAAUAUUUCAUUAAAGACACUUAAUGAUAUUUUAACUGAAUUAGGUAAAAAAGAAUUAUGUUUAACAGAAAAAAAUAAAGAAAUUCUUGAUGAAUUUAUGGCAUUGUUGUACUUAUUUAAUGAAGCAACAGUUUUAGCUCAAGCUGACCAAACAGUUACAAUUAGUAUUGUUGGACCAAUUCUUCUUAAUAUAUUAAGUGAUCUUGAAUUUGAAAGAACAAAAUCUGAACGUACAUCUCUAUUAUGUGAUGCUCUCAUUUCUUCAUUAAAAACACGUUUUGGUGGUUUUUAUAAACAUUUUAAUAUUAACACAGAUAAUUGUACAGUAAAGAUAAAUACAAAUGCUAAUACAUCGUUUUUAUAUGCUGAUUCAAUUUUUUUGAUAAGUCCAGUUUUAGAUGGACGUUUUAAAUUUCAUUGGAUCAAUGAUUGUGCUUUAUUAUCUGAUUUAACCAAAACCAGCAUUAUUUCGACAAUUAAACAAUAUAUUAUUGAUGCUUGUAUAAAACUUAAUUCAAAAGAUAACAUUGCCAGUGCUGAUGUUCAGAUUAUAUCUGAAGAAUCUAGCAGCAAUAAUACAAAUAUAACAUUUUCUGAUAGAGAAAAUAAAAAAUGUUUAUUUCCAACAUUAAAAAUUGGUUCAUUCACAAAAGCAAAACUUGAUAAUUCAACACCAAUAUCAGUUGUACAAGAACUUGAUUGUUUUCUCCAGGAGAAAAAUUUAACUAGUGAUCUUAUUUUCAAAAAAGCACACUCAUAUCCACCUCUUAAUAAUCUUGCAAAAAAAAUCAUGUGUGUUCCUGCUACAUCAGCACCAAUCGAACGUAUUUUUUCUCAAAGUGGCCUUUUCAUGAGACCACAUCGUUCACGUUUUUCACAAGCUAAUAUUUGUAUUUUAACAGCCUUAAAAUGCAAUAAGACGUUAAUUUAA